CCUUCCUAUAUAUCUCCAGCUAAUGAUCUCUCUGUCUAUGUCAUUGAAAUCAAAUCGCUCCCUUUUUGUGCUUUCACUCCUAGUAGUAGCAGCAGCAGCGGAACAAGCACACUGAAAUGAGCAUUCCGCCGGCCAUGUGGACGGGACUCCAGCCACCGCCGUUCACGGUGGCGCAGUGGCAGGAACUCGAACACCAAGCUCUUAUCUUUAAGUAUCUCAAAGCCGGAUUAUCCGUUCCGCCUGACCUUCUCGCUCCGAUUCACAAGAGCCUCCAAUUGAUGCCGGUUCCUCAUUCAGCUCUGGGUUAUAGCUCCUAUUUCGGGAAGAAGAUAGACCCAGAGCCGGGAAGGUGCCGGAGAACCGACGGUAAGAAAUGGAGGUGCUCGAGAGACGCACACCCAGAUUCUAAGUACUGUGAGCGACAUAUGAUUCGCCGUCGUCAUCGUUCAAGAAAGCCUGUGGAAGCAUCACAAGCUGCUCAUCCUCCUGCUCAGUCUUCGGAGGUUAGUGGUGGGACCAGAAGUGGUUGUGGAAACUCAUUUCCCAGCCUCCCUCUGCACACAAAUGGCACUCGUGAGGGUUUAAGCCUUGGAAACAACGUAUCACAGCUUCAGAUUGAGUCUCUUCCCAGUGAGAUGAACAAGAAAGAGUACAGGUUUGGGCUGCAAUCUGAAGUAGAUGAGCAUGACUUCUUUCAGAAAGACCUAGGAAAUGUGAGGUAUCUUGGCUUUGACUCUUCCUCAGACAGCAUGUGGUCUCAACUGUCUCACAUUUCCUCGAACGCUGUCUCUGAAUCAAGUGAAAGUUCUGUUAUGGCUAACAACUGUUUUCAACUGCAAGCGAUGCCGGAUACUGAGCCUGCAUCAAACAUUGAUGUCGUGUCAUCCAAGCAACUCGUCUUCAAUGGCCAGUUAGGUUCAACUGGUUGUUUGAAACAGGACUAUCAGAACCCUCAGACUCUGAUCAAUGCUUGGCCAUGGAAGAAGGAGUCUGGCUCACCUGUGAUGGAGUACAGACCAAAUAAGGAUGCUAAUGGCAACCCAGAUGUCAAUGUUGAUUGCUGUGGAUCCCUGUAAGUUACCAUAGAAAGCUUUGAAUAAAUAUAA